AUGUCGGAUCAGUACAAUCAAGAUAAAUUGAAUCAAGACUUCCAGAACGCAUCGCUUGGUGGAAACGGUCAACAACUGCAGCAGCAACAACAACUGCAACAACAACAACUGCAGCAACUGCAACUGCAAAGUUACUACAAUCCCAACCAAGCCCAAUCGUUUGUACCAACAGGUGGAUACCAGCAAUUUCAAGCUUAUCAACCACAACAACAAUAUGAUGCGUACAACGCUGGCCAAAGCGGUUACCAACAAAAUUACAACAAUAGAGGUGGUUACCAACAAUACAACAACAGGGGUGGUUACCAACAGUACAACAAUAGAGGCGGGUAUCAACAAUACGGUGGAUACCAACAAAAUCAACAGUAUGGUGGAUACCAGCAACAGCAGCAGCAACAACAACAAUAUGGUGGAUAUCAAGCUUACAACCCACAAGCAUCGCAACCACCUCUGCAACCAACCGGUAUGUCAUUAGCUGAUUUUGAAAAGCAAAAGUCUGCUCAACAAUCUUCUUUGAAUAAGCCAGUGAAAAAGACUUUGAAAUUGGCACCUUCAUCGGGAAUCAAGUUGGCCAACUCGGGUAAAAAGGAUGAUGCUAGUGCCACUACACCUGCUGCUUCUUCAAAAGAAGCUUCACCAGCUCCCAGCGUUGACGAGAAGAAGAAAACUGAUACUGAAGCUAAGGAUACAAAAAAGGAAACAGAUGGUGCAGCAGAUAAAGCCUCCGCACCAGCAGCAGCAACAGCUACAACUCCAGCAGCAGCAACAGCAGCAGCAGCAGCAAAUGAGAAACCAGCAGAAAAGACGGCUAAGGAAUCAACACCAACUCCAAAGGAAACUACUCCCACACCUGCAAAAUCGAAGCAAUCAACUCCUGCCCCAGGAAAAUCGUCCAGUGCAGUCACCGCUGACACGGUUGCCAAGGAGCAAGAAGACGAGGUUGAUGAAGAAGUGGUUAAAGAUAUGUUUGGAGGUAAGGACCACGUAUCUAUAAUCUUUAUGGGUCACGUUGAUGCUGGUAAGUCAACCAUGGGUGGUAAUAUCUUAUACUUGACUGGGUCUGUAGACAAGCGUACGGUUGAAAAGUAUGAGAGGGAAGCUAAAGAUGCCGGUAGACAAGGUUGGUAUUUGUCUUGGGUUAUGGAUACCAAUAAGGAAGAAAGAAGUGAUGGUAAGACCAUUGAAGUUGGUAAAGCGUAUUUUGAAACUGACAAGAGAAGAUACACUAUAUUGGAUGCACCAGGCCACAAGAUGUACGUUUCGGAAAUGAUUGGUGGUGCGUCUCAAGCUGAUGUUGGUAUUUUGGUUAUUAGUGCCAGAAAAGGUGAAUAUGAAACUGGAUUUGAAAAAGGUGGACAAACUAGAGAACAUGCACUUUUGGCCAAGACCCAAGGUGUUAAUAAGAUUGUUGUUGUUGUCAACAAGAUGGAUGAUCCAACGGUUAAUUGGUCACAGGAAAGAUAUAAUGAAUGUACCACCAAGUUGGGUGCAUUUUUGAAAGGUAUUGGUUACAACAAGGACGAUAUUGUUUACAUGCCAGUAUCUGGAUACACUGGUGCUGGGUUAAAAAAUCGUGUAGAUGCCAAAGAUUGCCCCUGGUAUACUGGUCCAUCUUUGUUGGAGUUUUUGGAUAAUAUGAGCACCGUCAAUAGAAAGAUUAAUGGGCCAUUUAUGUUGCCAAUUUCCGGUAAGAUGAAGGAUAUGGGUACUGUUGUUGAAGGUAAGAUUGAAAGUGGUCACAUUAGAAAAGGCGGCAGUUUAUUGAUGAUGCCCAACAAGACUCCUAUUGAAGUUAUCACCAUUUACAAUGAAACUGAACAAGAAUGUGAUACAGCAUUUAGUGGAGAACAAGUUCGGUUGAAAAUCAAGGGAGUUGAAGAAGAAGAUUUACAACCGGGUUAUGUAUUGACAUCCCCCAAGAACCCCGUCAAGACAGUAACCAAGUUUGAAGCCCAAAUUGCCAUUGUUGAAUUGAAAUCCAUCUUAUCUAAUGGGUUUUCAUGUGUUAUGCAUUUACAUACGGCCAUUGAAGAAGUUACAUUUGUUGAAUUGAAACAUAAAUUGGAAAAAGGCACCAAUAGAAAGUCGAAAAAACCACCAGCAUUUGCUAAAAAGGGUAUGAAGAUUAUUGCUGUGUUGGAAUGUAAUGAACCUGUUUGUGCUGAAACUUAUAGCGAUUAUCCACAAUUGGGUAGGUUUACAUUGAGAGAUCAAGGUACUACUAUUGCUAUUGGAAAGAUUACCAAGUUGUUGAAAUAA